AUGGAUUAGGAGUAGAAGAAAAAUAAGCUAAUGAAUAUAUAUCAGUAAGCAUUACUAUAACUAACUAAUAAUUAGAGAGGCCAAUAAGAUUGAAAAUAAACUAAAAGUCCAAAAUCUGUAUUCUCUCAAAAAUAUUCUGAAAGAACUAUCAAAAUAAUAAAAGAAAACACCAAGUACAUCUUUGCAUACAACAGCAAGUAAGAGAAACUAAGAGUCAAAAUUAAAAAUAACUAAUUUAGCAUCCUCUCCUAAAACUAGCUAUAGAUCAAAUUUGUAAUUAACCAAAAGAAAUUAAUGGAUCGAUUUAAUAAACUAAAAAUAUUAAUAAUAUAUUCAGUCUGAUUAAAUUGCAAUCACUGAAUAUCGGUAUAAUUACUAUUCAUCUUAGAACAAUCUCUUAAAUGAAUACAAUUUUAAUUUCUGACUGGAAAUAACCCUACUAAUAUAAUCAAACAGAAAUCAAAUCAAAUGAAGUUAUAAUUCCACAUGAGAAAAUAGACGAUAUGAGAAAUUGGAAAGAAAUAUUAAAUAAACGAUUAUAAAAGAGAAUAUCUUGA